AUGUCACCUCUGGAGUGCGUUGAGCCUGCCAUCCAGCGCUCCUCCAUUGCUGACUCACCUAGAGAUCGUUUAGAACAGUCUCAUAGAGAGCCUUCAGAAGCUUUCAGUAACCAGGAGGAAGCAGAGGCUGGUUCAUACAGCGGAGAAUCCGAGCCCUCAGGAGUCCGACAUGUUGGCCCCUGUCACUUGGGACUAGCGCUCAAUGGGCUUCUAGAGAGGCAUACCGAAGGCCCGUGGGAGUACCUACCGGGAGGCCAUCACCCAGUGCACUUGGGCGAUCGUAUUGGCGACUAUAAACAAUUCAAGGUCAUCCACAAGCUUGGUAGCGGAGGGUUUGGCAUCGUCUGGCUCUGUAGCUGGGUUGGCACCGACCCAACGAUAUACGUGGCAAUCAAGAUCCUCAAAGCAGAGUGGUCCGGGGAGGAUUGCAGGGAGCAGGAGAAUAUCCGCUGGCUGCAGGGAAUAGCGGACCGUGAUCCUGACGUCGAGGAAUGGUGUCUUCUCCCCUGGCAAGAGUUUACGCUUGACGGUCCGAACGGCACCCACCAAUGUUUUGUCUACGAAGUAGCCGCAUCAGGGCUGGGAAAUAUAUCUCAUGUGGUUGAUGAUGUCGAUGUGUUUUUGCGGAAACUCACGCGCCAGGCAGCUGAGGCUAUGUCUGUGCUGCAUCGGCAUAAUAUCUGUCAUGGUGACUUCAGACCUUCAAACAUUCUUCUCAGAGUCAACGGUCUGGAUGGUAAGUCAGAGAGAGAAGUCAUCGACAUCUUAGGCGAGCCCGAGGGAGCAGCUGUCGUCGUGUACAAAAACGCUCCUCCGAAUGCACAUCCCCCGCGCUAUAUUCUCAACCCAGUCUCGUGGAGGUCAACUUCAUCAACACAAGUAUGCUGUCACCAGAUCCGUAUCGCUGAUUUUGGGGAGUCCUUUAUAGCCGGCAACCCGCCGCCACAUGGAUCUGGGAUUCCCUUCCAGUAUGCGGCUCCCGAGGUUGCUCUGGACGAGAAGGCCGGCAAAGAAUCCGAUAUUUUUGCUCUAGCAGCAACAAUGUACGAAAUCCGCUUUGGCAACAGACUAUUCCGCAUCCAGGAAGACGGCGUUGAGGCCUAUGUCCACUUUAUGGUGAAAUACUGUGGCAGAUUGCCAGAACCCUGGUGGUCUCGAUGGAAGGAAACAUGGAAAAAGGUGACCGAGCCUGCAAACGAAGAUGAACUGCAGGAUGAAUCGACGGUCAAACUGUGGCAUAUCCGAAAGGCAGUUUGUGAGCCCAUUGGACACCGCGUCAGCACUCCCGAGAGCUGGGCGUAUCCUCACAAGUUGCUGGGGAGAAACGGCGUCAUCGGUUGCGAUGAACUGAUACCGGUAAAGGAGAAGAUAUAUCUCGCGGACCUACUUUAUCGAAUGACUGCACUUGACCCCAGGGAACGAAUCACGAUCGAUGAGGUUCUUGAGCAUCGCUGGUUUCGCUACGAAGCCGAGAACGCGGAGCCCGCUCGCCAUGACAAAUUUGAAGAGCGUAAGGAUGACCUGUCUCGAACAGAGAAUUCUGAUCCUGAUGCAUCAGGCAACCAAGCGAUUGUUGAUGAGCUACCGCAAGCCGUUAAUCCUGAAAAGCCUCAAAAGGUUGCAGACUACAAUUUGCCUCAACUCAAGACUAAUCAUACCGGUAUUCACAAUAAUUCCCCAACAGCCGAGGCUGAGACGGCCGAAGGAUUUGCUAUUCAGCCAGCGUUAGUAGAGACCGACAAAUCUAUGAAUAUUGACAGGCCUAAACAGUCUGAGCCUGCUGAACAUAAGACUCUCCCAUCGACCGGAGCCUCUGAACUCCAACUACCAGACGAACAAAAGGCCGAAGUCCUCUCCCUAAAUAUUCCCCUGACACCUGCUGCCGCCGCGAUCAGGCUCCCAGAGUCGGGCAAGCCACAAUAUGCCGCCGCCGUAACACUGCAGCCAGUGGAAGACGCCAAGCUCAUUUACAUUCCCACCAACCUAUCUCCUGUGCACGAAGUAAGUGAGUCGACGUCAAGUGCAGCGGAAAGCUUCCGCUCUGUAAAGGCUAUCAAGUCUAUUCCAACUCCUACUGACUCCGCUCAGACGGAACAAGACAGCACCGCUCGAUCUGCGGUGGUCGACGGACCGCAACAGGUGGAUGAGAAGCCCUUACUAAAAGACAAACAGCGAAGACGGCAGUCCAGGCUGCGUUCAGUCUCGGUGUGGCUUCGUUCUGUUGGCCGCGCGGCGCGGGCCCUAUUUGCAUAG